AUGGUCAUCAAAGGCACCCAAUUGGAUGGCGUUGCCCUCGUCGUCGGCUCCGGCCGUGGCAUUGGCCAACAAGCCGCCUUCUCUUUAGCUGAAGCAGGCGCCCGUGUCAUCGUCUUCGCCGACAUGAACACCGAAACAGCCACUGCCUCUGCCGAAGAGAGCAAGCAAUACGCCACGAACCCAGAAUACCAAUCCACUCACUUCACUGUCAACGUCACCGACCAAGACGGCGUGCAAGCCAUGGUUGACUUUAUAGUCGAGAAGUUCGGACGGCUGGACUAUGCCGUAAACGCUGCAGGAGUCGACAACGGCGUCCACACCCCCUUCGCCGAUACCGACAUCGACAACUUCGACCGCGUCCAGACCAUCAACGCCCGCGGUAUGUUCCUCUGCUGCCGCGCCGAAGCCGCCGCCAUGCGCAAGCAGGCCUCGCGCACCUUCACCAGCCGCACCGGCACCCGAGACAUUGGCCGCGGCGCCAUUGUAAACGUCUGCUCAGCCAACUCUUUCGCCGGACUGCCCGGAAAGGGAUCGUAUACCGUCUCCAAGCAUGCUUGCAUGGCAGUGACGAAGAUGGUUGGACUGGAUCACUCCGCCGAAGGCAUCCGCUGCAACGCCGUGUGCCCCAUCUGGGUCCGCACCCCUCUUCUGGACGUCGAGUUGGAGCGGAACCCCCAGGUGCGCGCGGAGAUCGAGGCCGUUAUACCAAUUAAGCGUGCGGCUGAGAGUGAUGAGUUAAGGCGGGAGGCUGAGGGCUCUAUGAACAUGAUAGUAGAUCUAAUUAUGGGGAGGUAG